AUGGUGGUUAAAGCCACUGAAAUCCGCAAUACAAGGCCUCCAAUGUGCAAAAGUAGAGUUAAUCUAAGCUAUUCAAAGCUAUUUAGGUCUAUAGAAAUGAAGGAGAACAAGACUAAGCUAGCUAGGGUUCGGACUUACUACUUAGACAAAAAUGCAGCAAAAACGCUUAAAUACAGAAGACAUCAGAGUGAAUUGAGCUGCGUACUGCAGAUCGAGUUUUCCGGCCCUGUCUUAACCAUUGCAAUGGAACAACCUUCUUUUGUGUCUUCUUCAUGUGGUUCCUCCUAUGAUGUUUUCUUGAGUUUCAGAGGAGAAGACGUUCGCAAGAAUUUUGUUGAUCAUCUCUAUGGUGCCAUACAGCAAAGAGGGAUUUACAUUUUCAAAGACGACGAGAAGCUGGAAAGGGGAAAGUCCAUCUCGCCCGCACUUGAGAAGGCAAUUGAAGAAUCGUCCAUGGCGGUCGUCGUCUUCUCCGAGCACUAUGCUGAUUCGACAUGGUGUUUGGAGGAGCUGGUGAAAAUCAUGGAGUGUAUGGAGGUGAAAGGUCAGAUGGUUGUUCCCAUUUUCUAUGGCGUGGAUCCAUCGACGGUGAGGAAACAGAAGGGAAAGUUUGGAGAAGCCUUUGAAGGACACGAGAAGACGUUUGAGAAGGAAGGAGAAAAGGUGAAAAAAUGGAGGAGAGUGCAUGAAGCAAAGUUUAUCCAGAAAAUUGUUGAAGAUAUCAUGACUAAAUUGGGUUCAACAAGGUCAAUUGAUGAUCCAAAACUGGUUGGGAUAGAGGCUCGUAUGCAGAAACUGUAUCGAUUGAUAGGCUUGGAGUCUAAUGACGUUCGCUUUGUUGGAAUACAUGGGAUGAGCGGGAUUGGAAAGACAACUAUUGCUAGAGCCCUUUAUGACAAGAUCUCGAUGAAAUUCGAAGGUUCUAGUUUUAUCCAUGAAGUUAGAAGCGAGUCGAGCAAACAUGGUGUGGUGCACUUGCAACAGAAACUUCUAUCUCAGAUUCUUUCAGUAAAAGAUUUGAAAAUAGACAAUGUCUUUGAAGGAAAAAUGAUGAUACAACAAAGGCUUCGUUGCAAAAGAGUACUUAUUGUUCUUGAUGAUGUCGAUCACAGGGAUCAAUUGGAGACAUUUGUCGGAAACAGUGAUUGGUUUGGUGUUGGAAGUAGAAUCAUCAUAACAACAAAGGAUAAGCACUUGCUUAUUAGCCACAAAGUCAGCAUUAUGAAAUACUAUAAAGUGGGUGUGCUAGAGGAAGCUGAAAGCUUUCAGCUCUUUAGGCAGCAUGCAUUUAAUAAACAGCUGAUGUUGCCCCCUACCAAGGAAUUUGAGGAGGUCGAAGCUCAAGUGGUACACUAUGCUGGAGGCCUUCCUUUGGCUCUUGAAGUUUUUGGCUCCCUCCUAUAUGGCAGAGAUAUUGAUGAAUGGAGAAGUGAAGUUGGCCGACUUAAGGAAAUCCCAGAAGAUGAGAUUUUAGAGAAACUUAAAGUAAGUUUCAUUGGUCUCAACAAAAACACACAAAGGGUUUUCCUAGACAUUGCAUGCUUCUUUAAUGGGAAGAAGAGAACAACCAUAACAAGAAUACUUAAUAGUUUCAACUUCCACUCCGACAUUGGCAUUAAGGUUCUCAGAGAGAAAUCUCUAAUAACUAUUUCAGAAGGUCGUGUUUUGAUGCAUCAAUUAAUACAGGAAAUGGGGUGGUCUAUUGUUCGCCAAGAAGCUUUAGAUGAUCCCAAAAGAUAUAGCAGGUUGUGGCUAUCCCAAGAUAUUUCUCAACUACUUAUAGGAAGUGAGGGUACAGUAAACAUCCAAGGUAUAGCAUUCAACUUGCCAGUUGCAACAGAUGUGAAAGUUAGUAGUGAGGCCUUCACACACAUGGCCAAGCUAAGACUUGUCAAAUUUCACAAUGUAAAUGCUUCUCAGGCCCCUAAUUUUCUCCCUGGCGAGUUAAGGUGGUUAGAUUGGCACGGAUAUCCUUCAAAAAGUUUGCCUGCUACUUUCGAGGGACAAAAACUUGUUUCGCUUAAAAUGCAAUAUAGCCGUGUCAUACAACUUUGGAAAGGAUUCAAGGUCCUAGACAAUUUGAAGUUCAUGAAUCUGAGCCACUCUCAGAAACUAAUUAGGACUCCAGAUUUCACAGGAAUCCCAAUUCUUGAAACAUUGAUUCUAGAAGAGUGUACAAGUUUGGUAGAGAUCCAUGCUUCUGUUGGAUUUCUGAAGAACCUUGUUUCACUUAACCUUAAGGACUGUGUAAAUCUGAAGAGGCUUCCCGAUAGCAUUCAUUUAGAAAAGCUUGAGAUAAUGAUCCUUUCAGGCUGCUUCAAACUUGAAAAUUUUCCAAAAAUUACAGGUCCCAUGGAUUGCUUGUUAGAAGUACAUGCUGAGGCUACUGCUAUAAGAGAAGUGCCAUCAUCAAUCGAGUGCCUCACAAACCUGAGGUUAAUAGAUGUAAGCAAUUGCAAGCAUCUUGCAAGCCUUCCAAUUAGCAUUUGUAGAUUGAAAGGUGUGAAAGCUGUGAUUCUGUCUGGUUGUUCCAAGUUUGAGAAAUUACCAGAUGAAUUGGGAGAAAUGGAAUGCUUAGAAGAGUUGUACUGUGACAAGACAGCAAUCCAAGAGCUACCAUCCUCCAUUUCACUUCUCAAGAAACUCAAGAUUUUAUCAUUUGGUGGAUGCAAACCGACACAAAAGAGCUUCCUCUCUAGGCUGCUGACAGCAGGAGGUUUUGAAGCUAUCAAGGCUUCUUCACCAUUUCCUUCUCUAUCUGGUUUAUCUUCACUUGAAAAGCUGGAUCUUAGUGAUUGUAGUAUGCUAGAUGGAGGCAUUAUUCUUGGUGAUCUUAGAGAGCUGCAUUGUUUGAAAGUAUUGAAUCUUAGCAACAACAAGUUUGGUUGUAUCCCAGCUGAAUCCUUUGUUGGCCUCACUCGACUUUUGCAACUUCAUCUAGUGGGAUGUGGGAGGCUUCAAAGUUUGCCAGAGCUUCCAUCUAGUAUAAUAGAGGUUUAUGCAGAUGAAUGCCCCAGCUUAGAAGGCCGCAGCAUAGAUUCAUUGACUAAAUUAAAUACCCAAAUUUACGUUGUGUUUCAUUCACUAAAUGUGCUCAACUACUUGAGGAUCCAUGUUACGGGACUAUCAAAUGACCCAAAUCGCAGGAUUAGUGUCUGCUUUCCAGGCACGGUGUUUCCUGAGUGGUUUACCUAUAAGAAUUGGGGAAAUUCACUAUCGGUUAGCCUGCCUCAAAAUUGGUACAAUAACAAAUUCAUGGGAUUUGCAUUCUGUUUGGUUUCUAACUUCAUAGGUUAUCGAACAAGCAGGAAAUAUUGCAGUAUAACUAAAAACUAUGGACUUGAUGUCAAAAUCAUUUCCACAGCUCGUGAUGGUCGUCACUCACUUAUUACAGCAACUAUGGGCUAUAAUGGGGUUAAACAGAAUCUGAAAUCUGGGCUCACUUGUCUGUGCUAUAAGUUACUUCAUAGUAGUCAUUAUAAUCGUAAUGAAUGGUGCCAAAUUGAAGUUUCUGGUUAUUUGGAUUCGGUAUAUACUUGUAUUGGAAUGCGUCUUGUGUACGAGGAUGAUGUUAAUUAA